UAUCUUCCUCUGUUCCUGCUUGUCCCUAUUUCUUCUUGCUUCGGGACUAUUGUUACAGGAGUGGACACAUCCACAUCUUGAGGCUACGAACCAGAGCUGCAUCGCCCAAUUAUAUUGUAUCAAGUAUUUCACCGUCCUUUAGCCACACUCAGGGGCCUACGCCAUCCCUCACAUUUUACAAAUAGCCUCCUUACCCAGCAUCCAUUCUCCAUCUCUCCUUCAAUUACCAAAAUGCCACCUAAAAGAAAAGCAAAAUCCCGCAUCCCUGCCAACGCCGCCUCCGCAACGGCCUACACCGAUGCCUCCGGGAGCAUGCCAAACAAGCGCUCCAAAAACUCCAAGCCUUCCAACGCCGCACUACCCAAAGAAGCAGAACAGGAAUUCGACCACUCCCGCCCGGAAGGAAAAGCCGGAAUCGUAGAUCGCCGCUUCUAUCCUUUCGAAAUGAGCAACGAACGCUGUGCGAUGUAUAACUCAAAUGAAAUCCCGCGACCAAUGGAAGUGCUGAAUAAGACUUUGGAAGAGACGGGUUCAGAGCGGCAUAAGGUAGGGAAAGUAACAGGAGAGGCCGUAGUACAUUGGUUUAAGCGCGAUUUGCGUGUCCGAGAUAACACUGGGUUAAGCCUUGCCGCGGCGACUGCGAAGGAAAAGGGAGUCGGUGUGAUUGGAGUUUGGAUUCUUAGUCCACAGGAUUGGGAAGCGCAUUUAGUGAGUCCUGCGAAAUGCGAUUUUGAGAUCAGGAGUGUGGACGUGUUGAGGAAGGAACUUGCGGAAUUGAGCAUCCCGUUGUGGAUCGAGGUUGUGGAGAAGCGGAAAGAUAUCCCCUGGAGAUUAACAGCAUUGGCACAGAAGUGGGGUGUUAAGAAUGUGUACUGUAAUUUGGAGUAUGAGCCGGAUGAACUCAGGAGGGAGGAGAGAUUGGUGAGGAUGAUGCUGGAGAAGGGGAUUGCGUUUGAGCCCCAGCACGACGAUUGUGUUGUUCCUCCUGGCAGCUUGAAGGCGGGAAGUGGGAAACAAUAUGCGGUGUAUAGUCCUUGGUUUCGAGGAUGGAUUGCGCAUCUCCAUGCACAUCCGCAUCUACUUCAGGAACGUUCUAUGCCGGAAAAGAACCCGGAUGGCUUCCGCGAGAAAUACGCUUCUUUGUUUGACUCUAGAGUUCCGGACGUACCAGAAUCGAAAUGCCUUUCCCCGGAUGAUAAGCAACGUCUCACAUCGCUAUGGCCGGCCGGCGAGAAUGCAGCUCUUGAGCGCCUUGAACGAUUCUUGAAGGAGAAGGUUGGCCGAUAUCAAGCAACGCGUAACUUCCCCGCUGAAAACAGCACGGCGAGGGUGAGCGUACAUCAUGCGGCUGGAACACUGGCGGCGAGGACGAGUGUGAGGCUAGCGAGAGAUGUGAAUAGUACGAAAAAAUUAGACGGAGGGAAUGACGGGAUCAAGGGGUGGAUAAGUGAGGUAGCCUGGAGAGAUUUCUAUCGACAUGUACUUGUUAAUUGGCCAUACGUUUGCAUGAAUAAACCCUUCAAAUACGAAUACACUAACAUAACCUGGGAAUACAACCCCCACCACUUCACCCUCUGGACUACCGGCCGCACCGGCUACCCAAUUGUUGACGCCGCAAUGCGCUGCCUCGCCUCUACCGCCUACAUGCACAACCGACUGCGCAUGGUCACUGCCUCCUUCCUUGCAAAACACCUACUGCUCGACUGGCGUCUCGGCGAACAAUACUUCAUCUCGCACCUCAUUGACGGGGACUUUGCUUCUAAUAACGGGGGUUGGGGGUUUUCGUCUUCCACCGGCGUAGAUCCCCAGCCAUAUUUUAGGGUGUUUAAUCCGUGGUUGCAGAGUGCGAAGUUUGAUGCUAAGGGAGAAUUCAUUAGGACGUGGGUGGAGGAGUUGAAGGACGUGAAGGGGGAGGACGUUCAUAAUCCGUAUGAGGCUGGGGGGAAGGCGGCGGAGAUUGCGGAGAGAAAUGGAUAUCCGAGACCAGUGGUUGAGCAUAGGAUGGCGAGGGAGAGGUGUUUGAGGAGGUAUAAGGAGGGGAUUGGAAGGGGCACUGCCUGAGUGGUUUGAG